GCCUCUUGCUGCCUCCUCCUCAAGCUCCUACACUAUUGCUCUAACAACUGAUUUUUUUCUUAUCUAUCUUUUGCUCACUUCACAAUUCUCAUGCAUCACAACUUAGCAGCAUCGUUGAAUUCAUAUAUUGCUCUGUUAGAAAAUAGUUGGUCUAUAGUCUAGCAUAAGUUUGAGUUUUGAUUGAUAAUUUAGCUGUUGAUGUUAAUGGGCAUUUCGAAUGGGUGUAUUUAAUUGUAUGGAAUUUGUAGCUUAGGAAGUAUCAGAUAUAAGAAUUUUGAUUUUAUGUCUUUGUUUCUGCUUUUUGAUUUCAUGUUUAUGUGUAAAUUCGUAUGGUAGAAGAAGAGGGUGGUGACAGUUGAAGAGCAUAGAAGGAAAGGAUAAUUUUGAAAGUUUGAAACCCUAAUUGUGAAAUUGGUGGUGGCGACGGUGGAGAUGGCGGCGGCGAUUGUGACAGGGGGACGGAAGAUAGCCUUAAAGCUGAUUUUGUGGUAGUGGUGUAGAAGGCGGAUAACAAAGUUGGCGGUGGCGGUGCUAUGUACGGUGUUGUUAGUGACGGAAUGGUGUUGCCGGUGAAGGAACGACAGAGAGGUAUUGGUAUUAAUAUCGAUUAGGUGCUCCAGAAUUUCGUCCCCACAAAUUUUCAACUGAAAUCACGGAUAGGUGUUGUAUUUACCCCUGGAGUUUGUUAUAAACUACGACAUUUCUGUGUGGAUAGAAAACACGGGGGGAAUAUAAGUCUAUUUUACCCUUUAGUUUGGAAUGAUUUACGCCAGUUUCAAGCAAUAAAGAAAACACGGAGGGGUAAGCUUGAGAUUUCAUCGUUGAACGAAAAUCUGUUGGGACACCAAAAAACCAUUUUCGCUUAUAUUAUAAGAUUUCUCUGAAGUCUAAACCCUAACAAAAUUAAGGGUUCAAUAAGGCUCUCUGUAUUUUACACUGACAAAGCGGUAGAGAUAAGAUAAGACAGUAGUAAUGGGGUCGAAGAAGACUACCGAUCUCGAGGCUCUUGCUGAGCGGUUGCAGGAACAGGGUUUCUCUUCUCUCUCUACGCUGGACUUGAAGCUUUUAGGUUCCUCCCAUAUGACAUGGAAAGAAAAGAAGGCUUUGCAAAAUGAAAGGGUAGUUUCUCUCGGUGGGAAGCCUGUUAAGAAGCAAAGAGUACCACUGAGUCUUGCAAGAGUCACAAUGAAGAAACAAAAGGAAAGACAACAGAAAACACUACAAGAGGAUAUGGUUCUCGGUCGUUUUGGGGGGAACAAAUCAAGUUCUAGUAAUAGAGCCCCAGGGAAGCGAAAGGCGGAGGAUAGCGUACUGAGGUCAACUGAUGGGUAUUUCAAAAAUGGUGUAUUGAACGUGAAGCAUCUAUUGCACAAUAAUUCUUCAAGAAGCAUGGAAAAUCGGCCAAGUCGGCCACAAGCGUUGAAUUUUGGUACUGGUACUAGUGACAAAGGAAAGAAAAAGCAAGGUGGUGGAAAGAAGAAAGGAGGUAGGAAGCACGGCAAAAAGAGGCACUAAGGAUUUUCUUUUUCAUCGGAUGUUUGGCCGUGUACGUUAAAGAACAAUGCUUUUAGGUCUGAUGUUUUGUAGUCCCCGAAUAUACAUGACUUUAGGUUUCAACUUGUACUGGAUUUUACAGUUGUGUCUGGCAUUCUUAUUAAUGGCGUUAAUGGCUUUGCGUGAAAGU